UCUCACAAAGGACUGGAGUAGCCGACGAUCGCUAGGACUAUUGACACGAAGACCGGUGCCCGCUUGGAUGCAUUCACGGCUACGAGACCACUUUACAGCAAUUGACUCAGAUAAAAUGAAAAACCACCGAUGACUGAUUGUCAUCGUUGGUGGAAUGGACCUGGAAGCAUAGCCUGACCCGGGGAGAAGAACCAACAUGGCCGCCCACCGAAUCCGAGCAACAAACAACAACAAUGCACUUCCUCGCUGCAAGUCUGAGGGGACUCUCAUUGACCUCAGCGAGGGAAUUUCUGAGGCCAGCCUCACAGAUGUGAAAGUGCCUUCUCCCAGUGCCUUAAGACUGGACACCACAGCCUCAUUUGGAACGGCCCGGGAAGUCGUUGCCAUCAAGGAUUACUGUCCCUCCAGCUUCACCACUUUGAAGUUCUCCAAGGGGGACCGCCUCUUCGUGCUGGACACGUCGGGGGGAGAAUGGUGGUAUGCCCACAACAACACAGAGAUGGGUUACAUCCCUGCAGCCUAUGUUCAACCAAUCAACUACCGGAACUCCUCACUCAGUGACAGCGGGAUGAUAGACAAUCUCGGGGAAGGAUCAGAAGAAGGAGCCAAGGAGCUGGACCUCCUUGGGGAAUGGACAGGGGUGGCCCCAAAGCCCAUUAUUGCCUACGACAGCAAUCCCUUCACCAACCGCACCUCCACUAACCCUUUCCUCAAUGGGGCGCUGGACCAGAACAGUAAUGAGAAGUCCAUGCGUAACACUGUGGACCUACUGCUCUUUGACACUCCGGUGCCCGCUGUCUCCAACUCCACCACCAGCACCGCUAUCACAGCCAAUGGCUUCAGCAGCAGCAUCUUUGACUUGGCCCCCACCAGCCCCAACCAGGAGGUCCUGCAUACCCUCCGCAAAGACAACCCAUUUUUCAGGAGCAAACGGUCCUACAGUUUGUCUGAGCUGUCCAUCUUGCAGGCUAACUCCAACGCUCCUCCGGCCUCCUCCAGUUUCUUUGGUGGCCUAAAAGCUCCAUCCCCUGAGCAGUUCCAGAGCAGGGAGGACUUCAGGACUGCAUGGCUGAACCACAGGAAGCUGGCACGUUCCUGUCAUGACCUGGACUCCCUGGGACAGAACCCUGGCUGGGGUCAGACGCAGCCGGUGGAGACUAACAUUGUGUGUAAGCUGGACAGCUCUGGAGGUGCUGUGCAGCUGCCAGACACCAGCAUCAGUAUUCACGUCCCUGAGGGUCAUGUAGCCCCAGGGGACACCCAGCAGAUUUCCAUGAAGGCUCUGCUGGAUCCCCCGCUGGAGCUCAACAGCGACCGUUGCACCACCGUAAGCCCGGUUGUGGAGGUCAAGCUAAGCAACAUGGAGGUCAAGACAUUCAUCACCCUCGAGAUGAAGGUUUCGGUGGUGGUGAAGAAGGAGAGCCGGCAGGUGGCAGAGGUGAUAUGCGUCCGAAGCGACUGCAAGGAGGGUCCAUACUCUCCGAUCCCCCAAGCCUACGUGUAUGGAGACACGGUGCAGGUCCAGCUGGAUAACCUGGAGCCUUGUAUGUACGUAGCCGUGGUAGUACAGGCCCAGAACCUCUCCUCAAACUCCACAGUCUGGGACCACGUUCUGAAGAAGGUGACCCUGGGCGUCUAUGGGCCCAAGCACAUUCACCCUUCCUUCAAGACAGUGGUGGCCAUUUUUGGGCAUGACUGCGCCCCAAAGACAUUGCUGGUGAGUGAAGUUGGGAAACAGGCCCACUCUGCUCCACCUGUAGCUCUACAACUGUGGGGAAAGCACCAGUUUGUCUUGGGGCGACCGCAAGACCUGCAGGUUGGCGUGUACUCCAACAUGUCCAACUAUGAGGUCAAAGCCAACGAGCAGGCUAGGAUGGUGAGGGGCUUUCAGCUGAAGCUGGGCAAGGUAAGCCGGCUCAUCUUCGUGAUUUCCUCACGGAAUGCAGAGGACAUUUCAGACUUCACUCUGCGAAUUCAAGUCAAAGAUGACCAGGACUGCAUCCUGGCACAGUUUUGUGUCCAGACACCUCAGCCCCCUCCUAAAACGGGGGUACGGACGACAGGCCAGAGAAGAUUCCUGAAGAAGAAGGAAGUUGGAAAGAUUAUUCUGUCACCACUGGCUAUCACCACCAAAUACCCAGUGUUUCAGGAACGCUGCAUCACAAACUUGAAAUAUGGCAAACUGCUUAAAACAGUGAUCAGACAAACCAAGAAUCAGUACCUCUUGGAGUAUAAGAAAGGGGAUGUGAUUGCACUGCUUAGUGAGGAGAAGAUUAAACUCAAAGGACAACUGUGGACCAAAGAGUGGUACAUCGGAUACUAUCAGGGCAAGACUGGGCUUGUCCAUGCAAAAAACGUUCUGGUCGUGGGGAAAGUCAAGCCUAUAUAUUUCUGUGGGCCAGAUCUCACCACAACCAUGCUGCUGGAGCAGAUCUUGAAGCCUUGCAAGUUCCUCACCUACAUCUAUGCCUCAGUGAGGACAAUACUGAUGGAGAACAUUGGGAACUGGAGGGCUUUUGCCGACGCCCUCGGCUACACAAACCUGCCUCUGACGUACUUUUGUCGGACAGAGCUGGACAGCGAGCCUGAGCGGGUGGCCUCCGUCCUAGAGAAGCUCAAGGAGGAUUGCAAUAAUGCAGAGAACAAGGAGAAGAAGUCUUUUCAGAAGGAACUUAUGACCGCCCUGCUGAAGAUGGACUGCCAGGGGCUGGUGGCCAGGCUCAUCAUGGACUUCGUUCUGCUGACCACGGCCGUGGAGGUGGCGGCCCGCUGGAGGGAGCUGGCCGAGAAGCUGGCCAAAGUGUCCAGGCAGCAGAUGGACGCCUACGAGGCCCCACACAGGGACAAGAACGGGGUGGUGGACAGCGAGGCCAUGUGGAAGCCGGCGUACGACUUCCUGCUGACGUGGGCGGCCCAGAUCGGGGACAGCUACAGGGACGUGAUCCAGGAGCUGCACAUGGGCCUGGACAAGAUGAAGAGCCCCAUCACCAAGCGCUGGAAGCACCUGACGGGCACGCUCAUCCUCGUCAACUGCCUAGACGCGCUCCGAAGCUCCGCCUUCAGCCCCGCCGCUCAGGAUGACUUUGCCAUCUGAAACCCGUGCCCCGAUGCCUCAGCCGCCAACGCUGCCCCUCAAAGGGACCGUGCCAUCUGGGCCUUGCUUCCUUUCACCCUGUGUCAUCACUAACUGCCACAAUGCCCGCUUCUCUCCCCUCCUCUGCCGUCAGGCCCCUUCAUCCCUCAGGAUGACCUUGCCGUCUGUGCCCUCCUCUUCCUCUUCCUCUUCCUCUGCCCUGCAGUAGGGCUUGUCGUUAACCUCCCCAGCCAAACACUGUUGUGGUCUCAGUAUUUGUUUUGUUUUUUUUUUCCCCUGAUUUGUAAAGGGUAUUUUUAUCGUUGCUGUCCUUCACAAUAUAUAUUUUUUUAUUCUUAAAAUGGCACAGCAGCAAUUUUUAGAACCACUGUGAUACUGUUCUGCGUCAAUUUCUGUACUGACUGAAUGAUAAUUAUGGAGAGGGGAGUUUUGGUAAAAGGCAACCCUGUAUGGUCUCUUGUCUCCCAAGCAGAGAAAAAAAAUAUAUGUAUAUUUAUAAGCAUUAAAAUUGUUUUAUGUUGACAGCACAUUGCUUUGACUGCAUUCAGUUGCAGGAUUUCUGUUGGCUGUGGUCUGUGUGCAUUUCAUUUUUACUAGACUGGUCAACAGGAUGAAAAUGGUCUGUAAGUAUGGGCUUGUAUUUCAUCCUCCUAAGGAAGCAGUGAAGUUGUCACCUCUGUGUUUUUAGUAUGUUAAAGCUUUUGGCAUCUCUUUCUUCCUACUGCAGCUCUUUAUAGAAUAUUCCAGACUACAUUUCUACCAGUUAAAUCCACUUUUUACAGUUUUGUAUAUUUUGUAUGAAAGCCUAUCGAAACAUGAAUACGGAUUUUUGACAUGUUUAGCCCACAUGCUUUUAAGACACAUAUCUGCCAUUGCA